AAUACUCUUUUUACAGGCUAAGAUUGUUCUUUAAAAAAACAGUAACUAAACUAAACCAGCAAAUAAGACUAUUCUAAAAAAGAUUAUUUUCAAGGCAAAGUUAGUAACUGUCCAAGAGUGUCAAUUUCUAAGAAUGUCAUUAAGAAAAAAAUGCUAAAAAUGAUUUCAAAGAAAGUUAUGGAAAAGAAAUUAAGUACUCCUACAAAAAAGACGAUGGGGUUGAAGAGUUCUGAUGAUUCCAGGCCUACGACAUGGCUUGAUGAAAUCCCUGAUGAAGAAAAAGACGCAAUAAAAGAGUUAAAAGCACGUACUUUAACUGAAGUAUCUGAUAAGAUGUUGGAGGAUCCAAGUUUAUUUUAUCGCUUUUUGAAAGCUAGAGAUUUCAACAUGAAGAAUGCUGAAUCUAUGUUGAGAAAACACAUUUCAUGGAGGAAGGAGUACAAUAUAGAUACUAUCCUGACUGACUAUCAACUUCCCGAAGUUCUUGCGAUGUAUGCACCAAUAAAUGUGAUUGGUCAAGAUAAGGAUGGUUGUCCAGUAAUCUAUUCCGGGCUUGGAAAGGCAGACGAUAAAGGUAUUCUGAACUCUGUGAAGAAGAUUGAAAUAUUUAAACUGAAUUUAUUGCGAACAGAAACAGCAAUAGACUUGUUAAAAAAAGAAAAUGAAAAGAAUGGAAAAUUCAAUACAAAAGUUGUUUACAUAUACGAUUUCGACCAGCUGACAUUCUCUAUGGCCACUAACAAAACAGUUGUUGAAAUGUUAAUAACUUGGGUAACCAUGUACCAAGACAACUAUCCUGAGCGAAUCAAAGCAAUUUACGUCAUCAAUGCACAAUUUUACUUUACCUUACUUUUUUCUGCCUUGAAAUUCUUUGUGGCUUCUGCUGUUUUGAAGAAAGUUUAUUUUUAUGGAACAGAGGGUUGGAAAGAGGACUUACAAGAAAUAAUUUCUCCAGAAAUAUUGCCUGCAUUCCUUGGAGGAAAACGAACCGACCCCGAUGGUAACCCCCUUUGCAAAAGUUUCAUAGUUCAUGGACAAACAGUACCUGAGCGUUAUUAUCUUUCUAAUUUGCGGAGGAGCAUCCAGACAGAGCCCGGUGUGAAAACGCUGCACGUGACCAGAAAUAAAAGUUGCAGUGUUGAAUUCCAAGUUGAUGAAUCUGGUUCGUAUUUGGAAUGGGAAUUCGAAACCAAGAGCAAAGACAUAGGAUUCGCUGUUUAUUUCAAGGAUGAACGAAGGAAUGAUGCCGAAUUAAAAGAAAUUGUGCCCAAACUAAGAAUCUGUACCUUAUUUGAACCCGAAACUGGUAUCUACAAAUGUGAAAGAACAGGAUCGUAUCACCUGGUCUUUGACAACUCCUACAGUUGGAUGUUUUCUAAAGAAAUUUAUUACAAAGCUUCAGUUCUACCACCAAUAAAAACCGAAAGUGAAAGUGAUUAAAGAAGCAGCUCAUUUUGUUUUUCCCUUUUGAACUGAACAUGAUAGUGCAUUAACUGCAGGCUGACAAUUAUUGAACUCAAUGAAAUUAAGCUUAAAUGUCCUGAAUGGCGCUUUUUUCCUUCUUUUUUUAAGAAAACCAAAGUGAUAUUUCACAUGUAAACAUCAUUACAAAUAUUUCAUUUUAUUUUCUUACCAACUAUGAACAGCUGACCAGAUUUUGGGCUUACGAUAUACGAAGUUCAACUCUGUAGCUUUGUAAUUUUUAACCUGAUCCAGAAGACAAGAGAACUCCUGGAUCAAGUAUUGGGAUAACUUUGCAUUCGAAGAGGACUAACCCGCAUUUGUCUCACACAGAGAGGGAAAUCAUUAAGAUUCCCAUGGUUAACCUGGAGACAAGGGGACUCUAGCCCAUGAUUCGUCUACCACUGAGGGUAUUUUACGUCAGCACUGUGGUUCAUGCGAGCCGAGUGUGGAAUUUGCAUCGAAUAGUUAUCGCUGGGAAUCGAACCCGGUUUACCUCAUUAGAAAGCGAAUUUUCUAUCCCCUGUGCCACUACGGUUCUGUCACUAUAGAUAUUCUGAUUUAGGUUAUGACAUUUUCGAUACACCUGACAUCAUUGACUGUGAUGUGGCGAAGACGAAUAGCAAAAUUCUGCUUGACCAGUGAUGACCGCCUCCAAUGAUGACCUCUGAAGUGUCGGAACAUCGAUGCUAUUGAUAACCUCCUGAAUUGCAGUUUUCAGCGCAGCAAUGUUUGCAAAAUACCGACAGCAAUCGAUUGCAUGCGCAUACUAAUUCCCAUUAUGCCAUGUGGCCAACCACGAAGUUAGAACAUUAUCACUCUAGCAGUUUCGAAGUUAUGAUGGUUUUAUUUCAUACAGUUCAAUAAUUGUCACCCUGCAUGUUCUUGAAACAAACUUUCCGUCAUUUGUAUGUUCUAAAUUGUUUGUAGGUUGAAGUUAUAAUUGCGUAUUUCAAUAGUUUUCUCUUCUCGUUAUUGAAACACCUAGAGAAAAUUAGGAAGAAAAUAAUACAAAACUAUUAUUUUCUCUUUUUAAAAUUGCAUAUGAAUUUUCGUUAUUUUUUUUCUCAUUCAUCGUGUAAACAUAAUUAACUGCUUAAUUAACAUAAAAAGCGUAUUCCGUGAAAUCAUUGUAUAAAGCUCAUAUGAAUAAUUUGCAAACAAAAAAAAUGGAAAAAGCAUAGUCCAUCAAAAUUGCUGAUAAAUAUUUCAUCAAAAUUUUGAUCCUUCAAACAAAUAACCAUCAUAAAUUUUGACUCACAUUCAUUUGUGUUGUGUAUAUAAUUGAUUUUUGAUGACUCAGGUAAUUGCAUUUCUUCGAAAUUUAUCAAAACUUCUUAUCAGACGAAAGAAGAAAUCAUUAAAAUAAUAUCGUGGUAAACUUCUUCAAAUGAUUUCUAUGAGUAGCAUGGAUAUAUACAUUGAUUAUCAAUAACGAUAAAAAUAUUGAAGAUAAUACUGUUUUUUUUACAAGCAUACAAUAUAUAAAUGUAUGUUUAUACAUUCUAUCAAACGAUAACAAAUCUUCAUUUCUAUAUUUUAUGGUAAUGAGCUCGUAUUUUAUUCUCUCCAUCUUUUAAAGUGAUUGAAAAGUUAAAUUUUAAUGCAAGUAGGUUUUUUUUUUAAUUUAAAUUCUUUUUUUCUGAAAAAUAAUGGUAUUGUUCGGCACUAAAAUUUUUCAAAUGACCUAGCUAUUUUACUUUCACAAUAUUACCAUUUCAGCUUCUGUAGCAUUCUAUUUUUCUUCAAAUUAAGUACAUAUUAAAUCAGCAAUCUUUAAAUUUUUCUGAGAUCGACACUGUUAUUUUGAAAUUAAAAUCAGUGUUGCUUUUCUCGAACACUGUUUUGCCAUAAGACUGUGUUAACAAUUACUUUUUAUUCGUUCAAUAUCGUUGUGAAUAAAUUAUUUUUAAAAAUCCAACUUGAUUUGAUACCCUUGAAAAAAAGAUGUUCAUUUAGCCGAUAAUGAAGUACCUGUUUUAAUGUUUAAAUGUUAAUUUAUUUUAUAUUAUGCAAAAAAGCAAAUAAAAAUUAAUAAAAUUUA